AUGGACCUUAAUCCUGUACCAAAUAGUAUAUCUUCUGCUACAAAUGGAGAGGCAGGAGAUAUUCGAAGCCGAUGUUUAGCAGAUUAUGAAGUAAAACGAGAAAUCGGCCAGGGGUCUUUCAGUAUUGUUUACGCUGCCGUAGAAAAAGCUGAUCCUCAUCGGGAUGUUGCAAUCAAAAUGUGCUUUAAGAAACAGAUUUUGAAGGAGAAAAGAGUAGCAUCGGUUCAUCGUGAAAAGAGCGUUCUUGCUCGGUUGUCUUCCCAAGAACACGAUCAUCCUUUCAUAGUCACCUUGUAUGCUACAUUUCAAGAUUGGGAUCAUCUAUACUUCGUCUUAUCCUAUGCAAAAUAUGGGGAUCUCCUUCAUAUCAUGCUAAAGAGACCGGAGAAACGUUUCACCGUUGACGACUCUCGUUUCUAUGCUGCGGAGAUCUUUUCAGGCCUUCAACAUAUACAUUCUCUCUCCUAUGUACAUAGAGACGUAAAACCUGAAAACUGCCUUGUUGCUGCCACUGGGCAUGUCAUGAUCUCAGAUUUCGGAAGUGUCAAGGAUCUUUCUGUGAAGGAGGAGAAACAAUUCGAGGAAAAAGCUGGAAUGCGAGUCAGAAGAAGUUCUUUCGUGGGUACUGCCCAAUAUGUCAGCCCAGAGGUUUUGGAAGGUGCAGAGGUAUCGGCAGCGACUGAUUUAUGGUCGCUUGGCGUUGUCAUCUACCAGUUUAUUACAGGAAAACACGCAUUCCAUGACGAGUCGGAGUAUUUGAUUUACCGACGUAUUCAAAAAUUGCUGUUUUCCUAUCCCCCGGACUUUCCUCAAUCUGCAAAAGACUGCGUGGAUCGCCUUUUGGUCAUCAAGCCAGAACAUCGCAUUAGACCAGAUGCGCUUCGAGAUCACGAUUUCUUCAUUGGCAUCGAUUGGGGUAACCUGAAGAAUAGCAAACCACCUUCUAUCCCUGAAUAA